AUGUCUAAGCCUAGAAUUCCAUCUACCGGGGAUGGAUAUGCGAAAUGGAAAGAACAGAGUGUGACGGACGUGCAUAUCCAACCAUUUGCUUAUACUUUCAAGGGCGUGGAGCUGGAAGACGUAUAUGAUGAAGAAGACCAGGAUUCAGGAAAGAUCAGAGAGGUCCAGAAAUUCAUAUAUGACAUCCAAAAGAACGAGGUGCACGUCACGUAUUCAGGAGCAAUCCAAAGCUGCAUAGUCGACGUUUUUGUCGACGCAUUUCGUAAUUCAAUCAAAGAAAUCCAGGCUAUUGAAGGCGAAGACGAUUCGGAUCCUACAUACUGUUGCUACACCAACACUGUGUCCAGCUUGUUACAGGGUAGCACAGAUGAGAAGGAAAGGUACCGUCUCGUCGGAGACUUACUCAUCAUAAAUAAUAACUCUGGCCCAACCUUUGCUGUGGAGACGUGUGUCCAACAAUCCUUAGCUGCAAUCAAGGAUAAAGUGAAGAAACUUUUCUUGUUGCCGUCCAUCAUUGGCAUUCUACUCGUUCAAGUGAUCGAGGAUAACGGAUACAAGAAGCCUGCUGCUCAUCCAAAAGAAGAUGACGUGUUCCUUGGAAACUCUUGGGCUUGGUGUAACUACCUGGAAGAUAUCACUACAGGACUUGAUUUAUAUGACUGUUCAAAACCUGUUGUGUUCGAUGGACAUACGUGGUUUGAAUCGUUGACUUGUAUAUUUGAAAUUUAUGAACGUGACUUGAGUGCCAAAUGUGUACCUACAACACAUUAUGAAUUUACAGUGCCUAGCACAGACACGACUCUCGAAAUCACAUCAACUCUCGAAUCCUUCCAAGAACGUCUCUCAGACCUAUGGCUCGAAGCAUUGGACGUAGACUCACCUGAGGAAGUCGAACCACUUUCGCUCGACUUGAAUCGCCUCCUAACACAAAUAGCCAAAAACAGACUUCAUGUAGCAUAUGAACGCUAUCGGCACUGGUACACAUCCGGCUCCAGCUCAAAGCAUACACGUCAAACAGCUGCAGCUUCUUCCCUGGGAAAGAGGCGAAGAGACGACACACGCGAGCGACUCGGAGAUUCAAGAGACGAUAGUUCCGUUGCUUAUUGGGAGAAGGACAUUUAUCCAUACUUACGAUCGCUUCGGAAGAAAUCACACCGCAAGCUAUGGUAUACAUUCGGCGAAGAGUCCGAGCUUCCGCCUCAAUGGCCUUCUAUCACAAAGAAGAGUGCCUCAACUGGAAGCCUUGGAAGUCGGCACGAGUUGGGUCUUCGACACCUCGAACGUAAACAUACUUUGUCACUUCGCCACCUAACUAUACUCGAACAACUUUGCUCGUAUAACGGGCCGUGGGAACAACCAAUAGACUCCGAAAAGGAAGUCGGUGUUACCACAUACGGUAAAGAUCGGCCACUAAAUCCGGAAGGCCUUCCGCAGGUCGAAUCCGUCUCUCGCCCAAAUUGUUGGCAUCAGCUAUAAGACCGCAGUAAAAGCGGCGAGCGUGUCUUCGACACAGAAUUAGGCGCAUUAUUGCUCAUGAGAAAAGCACUGAAAAGGUCCAGAAAUGCAAAACUGCGCGAGGCAUUGCCUUAUGGAAUUGAAUUCCGUUCAUGAUGCACAGGUGCUUUCAUCUUGAAGCGAAGACGAAGUGCCACCGACACUGGCCAUGUACAGAUCUGUCCCCUAUCUAAGGCAUUGGCGUCAGUGUCUCGUUCCAAGAGUAUGGCGUCAGGGACGGGGAGUUCACAAGAUAACUGUGUCAUCGCUGGCACAUUGCUAGACCGCGAACAUUAUCAGGAUGCCCCAGACACCCUGGCCGAUUUCACAAACGUAAAGCAGUGUCACGUCAGUAUACGAGGCGAGUAUUCGUACGGAGUAUCUGCAUCCAGUAGUCGGAUGUAUUUUAUCCGGACGGCUUCGUGAUCACAAGCCGGGUGCGUUCCGUCCUUAUUGUUCUCGCCCAUAGUGGAUUGUGUUCUCGUAGAACCAUCAGGCAAAAGACACGCGAUCUCGUGUUCGUGUUCACGCAAACACUUAACCUCCUGUAUCUCCUGUCCCUGCGAAC